UACAGAAACACAACAAACAAGAUGGCGGCGACAGACGGAGAAAGAAACCACGACACAGGGAAGCUGGAGUUCUCUCUGGACGUUCCUUUCCCGUCGUCUCGUGAGGCCGCCAUCGCCCUGAACUCUCUGUCGCCGGAUCGAGAGCCGAGGAAGGGCGGCAUCAGCAAACAGCUGACAGUAACCGAUAGCACGCUGUCUGUGAGAUGGAGUGCAGACGAAGCUCGGAUCCUCAGAGUGUCGGUGAACUCGUUUAUGGAUCACCUGACGCUCGUCAUGGAGACCAUGGAGAUGUUCGGCCCCCCCGUCACCCAGUGAAGCCCCGUCACAUGACUGUCACAUGACUCAGGACUUUUUUUUUCAUCCUCUGGAGGUUCAAGACUUUAAACAUGAAAAAACAGAUGAGAUGUUUGAGCUGCGUGAAGAUGAUGUUUGAGAUUGUCUGUUUCUUUAUAUGGAACAAAGGGACCGGCGGUUUGAUUCUGGUUGAUUUUUUUAUUUGAACGUCUUUUGUAAAAAACAUAAAAAGCUGCAUGAAAUGUGGUUCAUCAUUCAUGUUUCCAUCAGGAUGAACUGUGAUUUAACAUGUCAGUGGGUUUGUGAGGACAUUCCCUGUUUGACCAGCAGAGGGCGCUGUGUGAUUAACAAACUCAUCCACCGGUUUGUUUUUGUUUGACAGCAACACAAAAUGAAAAUGUGGAAUAAAAGCAUCACAUUUAUUUGUUAAAGUUGUGUUUGAAUCCAUCAGUUGUGUGUGUGAUGAACACCUUUAUGUAACUGACAGAAUAAGAAGUGAAAUAGGAAAUUGAACUUCUAAAACAACAGAGAUCAGAUGUCCUUCUGUUUUGUUCACUUCUUUUUCUCAUAAAACCAUCGAGUUACUCUGAAAUUCUAUCAGUAUUAAACUAAAUUCAGACAUUUUUACAGAUCUUAUUCCUUCAUCUGAACUGUUUAAUCUUGUCAGGUGAAUAAAUAUGUAAUGUUAUACGUCUGGUUUGUGUGGACGUCUAUAGUAUUAUUUUUAUAUGUAUUAUUAACUAGAUAAACUACUUUAUUCUGCGCAGUACUCCGUGAUUCAUGACUCUCUUUAUGUCCAAGGUAAGACGGUCUGUUGGUGUUUGCUACAAACAUUAAUGACAUUUUGUCUCAUAACAUACUGUAGAUUCAUAUAAAGGAGAAUUUAAUCAAGUGACAGAUCUCUGUGUGCAGAGUGGCGUUCAAGCACAUCAACAUCAGUCUGUAGAAACUGAGUUCAUGUUUUAUUGCUCAUAAUAUGAUGAGCUACAAAAGACAUCCCCUUUGAAAUCUUAUCAACUCAUGUUUACUGCUGGACAGGAGAGAGAAUGCAGCUUCAACACAUGAAGCUUUGACUUCACUUUAAAGAACAGGAGCUUGCUGCCUGGUUGGACGACAGAAAUAGAUCAUCACUGCACCAAUUAAUUAGCGUAGCUUUGUUAGCAGCUAGUCCCUUAAUGCUACAAGGAGGAAGAGUAAGAAGCAAACUUGUAUUGUGAAAUUUUAUAGGAAAUAAAAUGUGUUUAUCCUCCGUUUUAUAAGCAGCUUUUUGACCACGAAAUAUAUCUGAUCAGAGUGGACACAUCUGAGUUCUGAUCUGAACAAAUAUACUUUCUAGAAGAGUGAAUAAGAAAUAAAAGCCUGGUUCUCUCUGCAGUCGCGGUAAAUAAAGGCCCCGGACACCUUUUCACAAUUUCUGAUAACUGAUAUAUAACGUAUUGAUUGCUGAGCUUUAGAGGUGGAGAGCGAGGAGAACUGGUUUCCAGUCUUUGU